AAAAAAAUUCGACAUUGCCCAAAUUCCGGCCGAACCGGCACAUGCGCUGUGUCCUGCGUGCUAGUAAUAUGGGAUUGCAUCAGUGCUUCUGCAAGAUGCUCUUUCUGAACAGAAGAGGAAGUUAGUACGAAUCAGUGCGGCUCACACGGAAACAAACAACCACCAUAUGUUCCGAUUCACAUUCAUUGGUGCACAAAUCGUUGGAAUAUACUACUCCUUUGACAUGACUAAUAGUUGCAAGAUACUGGUUUGUAAUGCAAGAAAUUGACCAGAAUUUUGACACUGAAAUAAAUCAGUAGUAUUUCAAAGCAAGUUGGCAUGCAUGAGCCCAAAGGAUAUUCCCACCUGCUUUGAACCCAACACCGGUUCCCUCCCGUGUGCUACCAUAACCUCAAUUAGUUUAACCUUUAAAAAAAGUUUAGCUCGACCGAACAGCAGGUUUUCUCCGCCACUAAGUUACCAAACUGCCCCUCCUAUGACCUACUAUCUCCCUCCCCGGCCUAUAUAAUGCGGCCAACCGCCUCCCAUCUCUGGUUUACCCAAACCGGCAGCGAACCACCGGAACUCAACUCACAUACCAAAGCCACCGGCCCCUCCACCUCUCUGGUCUCUCAAAUCAUGUCGGGCCCUGUCCUUCUAAGCCCCUUUCCCAACUACCAAUCCACCUCGCUCACCCGUAUCAACCUCUCCGGCGGCGGCUCGCCGGUCAAGUCCGUCGGCUUCUCCUCUCCCCACUCCUCCCCCACGGCCAAGAUCCGUCGGUCCUGCAUGUGCUCCCCGACGAACCACCCGGGCUCGUUCCGUUGCAGCCUCCACAAGGAGCGCAAGCAGGAGGCGGUCCCCGCCGUCAGCAGCAAGCGAGCCUGCCCGCCAUCGCCGCCACCCAUCGGCAGCGGCUGCUCUAGGCGCAUGGUAAACGUGCUAGCGCAGCGCGUCCCCAUGGGGAGCGGACACUGGGCACGCAGAGCGCUGGCGCCGUCUCCCUCGGUACAGCAGCUUCAGCAGAGGAAGCGCCCGGACCGGUUUCGCGCCGGGCCCAGCCGGCUCUCCGGCGUCUCCAUGGCCGGCCGCCGCGCAGGCGGCAGCCAGUAAAAGACAACAUCGUCGACAUGUCAUACUAGUACAUACUGCACAAACUGUACAUAGGAAAGAAAUUCCCCGAACCCGAAUAAUUCCAUUCGCUGUAUAGAAGAACGGUGGGGAUUAGGUCAGCCUCUUCCUCAACUCCGCUGGUCAAUUAGCUGUAUAUAGAGUGGCUGUACAUAGAGUGAGCCUCUUCUUCAACUCCGCUGCACAUAGUUCAUCUUCUCUGCUCCACUUGUACAUAGAGUGAGCUCUCUGCCCGCUGUGAUAACCCAUGAUUUUGGUUCUGGAUAUACAUCAAUACAUCAUAAGUGACAAAUUGGAAACACGCA